AUGGAUUUCCUUUUCGACCCACUGGCAGCCUCGGUAGGCGCGUCCGCAGACCAAGUCAAGCUGAUCACUUGUCUUUUGGUCUCAUACCCCCUCGGAAGUGUUUUCAUUCGCAUACCCUCGUCACGGCCUGCACUCAAACAUCUAUUCAAUCUAUCAAUUGCCGUGUUCUAUUUUAUUCCGGUCUUGAAUCUCAAGUCUGCGUUCCUCCAGCUGCUGGGUGAUGUCUUGGCUACAUACUUCGUGGCUGCAAGAGUGAAAGGUCAUCUUAUGCCUUGGAUUGUGUUUACGGGAUUAAUGGGGCAUUUGACAGUAAAUCAUGUCCUUCGAGCAAUGUCUGCCACCGGCUAUGAGACUUUCGAAAUCACGGGUCCUCAAAUGGUCCUCGUCAUGAAGUUGACGACCUUCGCAUGGAAUGUGUGGGACGGACGGCGACGCGCGGAGGAUUUAGACAAAUGGCAGCUGCAAAUGAGGGUGGCUCAGUUCCCUUCAUUGCUAGAGUUUCUGGGAUACGCGUUCUAUUUCCCCGGAGUCCUUGUCGGUCCUUAUCUCGAGUACGCCGCUUACACGUCUUUGGUCAACGAAACGUUGUUCAGAGCGUAUGAAGACAAGACGACGGACGCACGUAGCAAAAGCAGAAGAGCGAUUCCUCGUGGCCGUAAACGUGUCGCGUAUAGGAAGGCUCUAUUUGGUCUAAUCUUCCUAGGGCUGUACACGACUUUCUCUUCCUCGUUCAACUACGGCAUCGCCAUCACGGACUGGUUCCUCAAGCAGAACAUAUUAUAUAGGAUCUUCUACAUCCAAUUCUGCGGAUUCAUUGAGCGAACGAAGUACUACGGUGUAUGGACUCUUACUGAGGGUGCGAGUAUCCUCACGGGCCUGGGCUUCACUGGCUAUAGCCCAUCGGGCAAGUCACUCUGGGAAGGUGCAGCCAACGUCAAGAUUGGGUUGAUCGAGUUCCCACCAAACUUCAAAAUCCUCCUGGAUUCAUGGAACAUGAAGACCAAUGUAUGGUUGCGCGAGUGCGUAUACAAGAGGGUCACGCCGAAGGGCAAGAAGCCCGGUUUCAGGAGCAGCAUGAUCACGUUCGCCACGAGCGCAUUCUGGCACGGCGUCGCGGGUGGUUAUUACAUGACCUUCCUUCUCGGAGGGUUCAUCACAACGGCUGGACGGCUCUGCCGUGCAAAUAUUCGUCCUCUCGUCCUCGCCGUUCCCGCUCAAACUCGGCAGCAUACCUCUAUACCUAACGGCGCUCCGACGAAGAAGGCACUCCCAGAAGAUCGGCCAACCACUAUCAAACGACUUUAUGACCUCUCUGGCAUUGCAGUGUGCAUUCUAUUAGUCAAUUAUGCCACGAUACCUUUCAUGCUCCUCCACGUUCAGGAAUCCACUCAAGCCUGGACUCGUCUAUGGUGGUACGGGCACUGUAUGGUUGGAUCUUGCCUGGUAUUCUUCUAUGCCGGCGGAGGAAGGUGGCUGAAGGGUAUUCAGGUCAAGCGAGCACAACGAACAUCCUCACUCACGUUCUCAUCGUCGGACACGGUGGACUACCUCUCACCUCCCUUCGUGCCUCCUAUAGAUCCGGCCGUUCGAGAGCUGGAAAAGCGUUUAGACUGA